CUAACAUCGGUGCUCAUUGUUGACGACGCUCGUCACCCAUGGCACUCACUCGUCUCGCCGCCCACGGAGCUCAUCGCUGACGACUCUUACCAGUCUUGUCACCCAUGACGCUCACCAGUCUCGUCGUCAAUGAUGCUCACUAGUCUCAUCGCCGACGACGCUCACUAUCCUCGGGGCUCAUCUUCGAUGGCGCUUGCCGCUCGCAACGCUCACCGGUCUCGCCACCCACGGUUCUUAUCGCCGAUGGCUCCCAUCAAUCUCGCUGCCACGGUGCUCAUCGGUCUCACUGUCUUGGCGCUCAUCGUCGAUGACACUCACCUGUGUCGCCGCCCAUGGUGCUCUCCGGUCACGGCGCUCACCGCCCAUGGCUCCCACGGUUUUUCCGCCCACGGCUCUCAUCGGUCUCACCGUCUUGGAACUCUCCACCCUUUGCGUACAAUGCUUACCACCCUCGGCGCUCACGGCUCCCAUGCGUUCACUCACUCUGGUCUUCUCCCUUACUUUGCACCCUUAUUGGGACAUGACCUGCCACAUGGCGUGAGCGCCUAAACGUGGCACGAGAAAGCAUGACACGUGACGAGCGGACGCAUGAGGUGAUGACACCUACUCCUCUAACGAGUCAACCCAAUAACAUUGCCGCCGCUGCGUGUCCUUCGUUGUCCCCCGGACGUCCACUACAAAAGGUGCAUCUCGUCUUCCGGUAAAGGUACGCAAAAAAGGCUCGGUGAGCUCCCUUAAAGAGUCUACUACUAUUAGCGACCGGAUCUAUCGCUCGCCCAGACCCUCCUCUCCUACUCUACAUCUUUAAUUUCAUUCUUCCCCUCAACUUAUCACUCGAUACUGACUUAAGCGUCGGAACGUGUCCUCGCCGAGAUCCACCGACAAACCUUUUACAUGAGGUGGUGGGAUUUGGCAUCACGAACAAGGAUUGCGGUGUAAGGUGAUUUGAAGCCCCUAUUGGUGCCUCUAACAAGGAAUCUGACGUCGGUAACAACCCCAGCAUCAACAAAAGGUCAUCAUCCAU